CAAUGUGGAAGUGAAAGGAAACUGUGUGACAUCGCUGUUUCUCAAGUUUAAAUAGUUACUCAUGGAAAGCGAAAUUCGCCAGUCAGUUGUGUUUUUUCACCGUGCGGGAACUCGGAUGGCGAGAAGCUGCCGCCGCCUAAAACAAACAACUGGAGAGAUAUUAAUGGCGGUCAGUCUGGCAGGUCUCCAGCAGCGUUUCAGCGAUAUCAAACAGUACUCUCUCCCAUGAGCAGCCUGCGAUGUUGAAAUGAAGCUUGAUGAAAAAGUUGUGAGCCAUUAUGAGUCUUCCAGCUCUCCAGUAGACAAAGAGGGCUACCUGUUCAAGAAGGGUGAGAUAAAGACUUCCUAUCAGAAGCGCUGGUGUGUGCUCAAGGGGAACCUCCUCUUCUACAAGGAACGGCCGACCGACAGGGACCUGACAGGGGUGAUUGUUCUGGAGGGCUGCACCGUCCAGCUGUGCGAGUCCGAAGAGCAGUUCGCCUUCUCGUUGGUGUGGAGCGAGCCGGGCCUGCGGACGUACAAGUUUGCUGCCGAGGACCAGGACAGUCAGGAGAGCUGGAUCAAAGCCCUGCUGUCGGCCAAUCACAGCUACCUGGCCCUGCUAGUGAUGGACCUGGAGAAGAAGUACAGAGAUGCAUUAGCUGAGUUCCCCAGUGAACCAGCCAAGCCUUUCGUCAUGCCAAGUUUCACAGCAGAAGCUGGAUUUCCUGCAGCCUCCUGUUUGAGUGGACAAACUUCAACGCUCUCUUCAUUUCCAGCACAAGGUGCUGGAGCAGGACCCGGUCCGAUGCUUCAAGCGCCGACCGUUUCAUCCAGAACAGCCAGUAAAAGAUCACCCAAACUGUGGCCCAAGAGGAGUGCAAAUGUGGUGCCUGUUAACACUCCUGCUCCGCCUCUGGGGGAAUGGUCAGGGGUCUCUUUCAGCUCCCAGGAGGAUUUUAGUAAAUUACAUGACGAUUAUGGAAAAGAGGUGAAGGAACUGAUUGCUGAUUGGUCAAGGAGGGGACGAGGUGUUGAUGUUGUUCAGGAAGAAAACCUCAUAGAUUUCGGUUGAUGGAUGUGGAAUAUACGCAAUGUCUAAAUCAUAAAUCCAGUCACAGUGGUGGUAUUGAAAAGCUAUAAUGUGUAAAUAAGAAUUGCAGCAAUAAUUGUGAAGAUAUAUUUCAUAUAUUUGUACAUUUUUUGUAGGUAACUGUUUCUUUUUUACUUGAUAUGCCAUAGUCAAUAAAUGAUCUAUGAUCUCCUGCUCUAUUAAUCUUUGCUUCUCAUUAAAGUGAAGCAAUUUCUUUAUGUGAGGUUUCAAACAAAAGGUCACACGUAACAAUUUUCAAAGGUUUAAAAGCACCAAGUGUGACAUCCUCCUCACUGAUCUUUAUCUGCUCUGUCAUCCAGUCAGCUACAUGGAUGCUGUUGUUAGCAUGAGAUAACACCUGUCAAGUUUUAUAUGCCAUGUUUGCAAAAGAUUUACAUUUGAGUAAUCAUUCAAAAAAUCACAUGUAUGUAAAUACUUUACUUAGAAACAAAGGCUUGCGUCCUAUGUGUCUGGUUAUCAGAAGGUAAUCCACAAAUCAGAAUCAAGAAUCUUUAUGGUAUAAGAAGUUUUUGAUAAGGUUUCUGAUUGUUGCUCAUUUCGCCAUGAAUAUUUAAUAUCGUUGAGACAAACACAAGUUUUGUAAAUCUGUUUUGGUGGACUUUUAAUAAAUUAACUGAUAAAAUCACA